CCUCCCCGUCUAGUCCAGUGUCUAGAAGCCGAGAACAGAGCACCAUCGAGGGGUCUAACUGGCUGUCAACAGAGCUCCUACGGCAGUCAUGGCGGCGCCGUUAGCCCACUUCGAUGAGGACUGGCAGGAUUUUAACGAGUUCAAGCCGUCCUCGGCGUCGGCCGACCAGCUGGACCAGCUGAACUCAAACGUAAGCGAUCCUUCGUCGGGCCUAGACGAUUUCUCAGACCUGGACAACAGUUUCUCCGGGGAGAUCUGCAGCUUCAAAUCGAUGGAGGACCUCGUCCACGACUUCGACGAGAAGCUGACAGUGUGUUUCCGAAACUACAACAGCACGACAGAAAACAUAGCCCCCAUUAAACCCAUCACAGAGGAUAGUUACUUGAAAGACGACGAAGUGUGGAACGCUCUGACAGAUAAUUAUGGCAACGUGAUGGCUGUGGACUGGAAGACAUCGCACACUCGCUCCCUACACCUGCCCACCCUCAACAUCACUGAGCAUGAGCAGAAGAGCCAAGAAACAAAUAAGUUGGAUAACCAAUCUCUGGAUCUGUCUGACGACGAGGAGCUCAGGGAGCAGAUGGAUAUGCACUCAAUCAUCGUCUCCUGCAUCAACGACGAGCCGCUCUUCACAGCCGAACAGGUGAUCGAGGAGAUAGAGGAGAUGAUGCAGGAAUCUCCAGACCCAGAGGACGAUGAGAGUCCCUCACAGUCCGACCUGUCCAUGCUCUCUCAGGACCUCCACGCCCUGAAACGCUCCGGCUCCAACACCAGCUACGAGGACCGGCUGCGUCAGCUGUCUGUGUCUGAACUAACCGAGACUCUGGAGGAAGUGGAGACGGCCAUCCGCCGCUACAGCGAAGAGCUGAUCCAGGCUCUGGCCCUGCGAGACGAACUCGACUAUGAAAAGGAGGUGAAGAACAGCUUCAUCUCGCUGUUGAUCGACGUGCAGAACAGACAGAAGGAGCACCGCGAGCUGCUGCGGAAGAAGAAGAAAAUCCGAAGUACGACUACAAUCGGGCCCAACGGCCAGAGGACCGCCAGCACGCACAUACCAGGCACGCUCCUCACUCUGGAGGGACUCUCCAAUGUCAUUCAAAAUGGCCUCCGUCAAACUUUUGGCAACACAGGAGGGGACAAACAGUACCUAACCACAGUAAUCCCUUAUGAGAAGAAAGCUGGCUCCCCGGUGGUAGAAGACCUCCAGAUCCUCACAAAGAUCCUCCACGCCAUGAGGGAUGACAGUGAGAAGGUUCCUGCCCUGCUAACAGACUACAUUCUCAAAGCUCUGGUAUGAGAGCAGUGGAAACUGAGUGCUUUGUCCCACGUAAAGCCAAAGGAAAGCCUCCUGUUUCCAGAACCAUUCAUUGGACCAUCAGAAGAGGGUUCUGGUAAUCUGGAAGAACCCAGAUAAUGGAUUCAAAAUCUUCCUUUCUCCUUCUUUCUUUUUUUUUCUUUCUUUCAAACCAUAGACUUUCUUUCCUUGUGGCUUUUUUUUUUUUUUAUCUGCCACUGUUGUUGUUCUUACAGUUUUAACUCUAAAUAUAACCUCCUUGGUCUGUAUAGUUCUUUUCAUAUGUAAUGUUUUAACUUUUUAAUGCCUGAGUGAUACAAACCGGUAACUCCUGACUGCAUGAUGACUUGUCUGUGGAUGCCAGUAAUCAGUAUUAGUCUGAACACCUCACUUCCUGAUUAGCCAGUGGCUCUUGAAUUGACAAGGGCCAGGGGUAUAUUUUAAUUCCAUGGGCUUCAUCAGCAGGCCUGUGUGAGGGGAAUACGCAGUCCAGUUUUGUAAAUCGAAUGCAUUUGCAUCAGUGUAGCUCAAGCCUGACGGGGGGGAAAAACAAAUCCUGGGGGAAUCCAGGCCAGGCUGGUCGUGGUAUUGAGCAUAAAUCCUGUGUUUCCUGUAUGAAAACCUUCGCUUUAAUGGCAUUUGCUGAUUGAUUGCAUAUAAUGUCUCGGGGGUUGAAAACUCUGCCUGCUAAAGAUUAAAGAGCAAACCCUUUAACUUUGAAAUCGUAGGUUUACCCGUCUUUGCAUGUUGGUUUUGGGUUUAUGCUCAAUUUUGGCUGAUAGUUGAAUGUUAAAAUGAAAUAUUUUGUAUACGAAUAAGAGAAAUUGCACAGUUUUUGGAUCUUUUUACUUUUUGAAAAAGGGAAGAAAAAAAAAGUUCAAAUGACUUAAGAAGGUAAUAGCUGGAUGAACAAACAUAUAAAGCAUAUUUUCAGAGAAGGAAUUGUUUGUAGUGAGAUUAGGGAUUUACCAGUAGCCACCUUUUGUGACCACACUGCAACAUCAUUUUGUAAAUGCUGUCCAUUGACCUCUGAGCCCUCAAAUAGUGACCGCCGACCCCAACAACUUUAUCACUUCCCCAGGAGUCGUCAUUACAUGAGUCUGAAAAUACCUCGCAUAACAUAUUUGCAUUAGUAGAAAAUGACCCAGCUGGUCGUGUCAUUAGGAUAAAUAAUGUCAAUAAGAUUAUGAUAGGUUUUUAAAUUGUGUAGUUAAGCUUCUGUUAUAAGUUGUUGGGUUUUCUCUAUCUGUUAACCCUUAAACUGUUGUGGAAAUGUUGUGGUAGCACUUUAGUCUGUCUGUGAUCUGGUCAUGUAGUAGUGGAAUAUGUGGUUGAUACUUAAGAGUACGUCUCACUAGAUUAGUGUUAGAUGAGGCUUAUAAGCUUUAGCUAGUGGUGCCAAAACAUGUCCGCAUGAGGAAUUGUUGUCAUGCAUCCAUCUAUUAACCUUAUUAAUCAUCGUGAGCAUGAUAACUUAAACCACCUUUAAGGGGUACUCCACUGAUUUUACACAUUACAUUCAGUUUACACAUCAUACAGAUUACUGCUCAGCCUGUAAAACGGUUGUAUAAUGCCGUCUGCAGCUCUGGAGGAGUUUUGUCAAAGUUGAGAAGUUGACCCUGAUGAUGUCAUGAUGAUGUCAUAAGGGUCAUCUCGGCUUGGACUUGAGACUACAAAUUUAUAACUGAAAGCCUUUGUUAAAAACUCAGUGCGUGGAGUUUUGAAAAGAUGUGGGUCAAAUGAGAAAUACACUAUCGAGUUGCAUUAUGGGAAUUGUAGGAUCCAGUGUAUUUGGAGCUUGCCCCAUACUAGAGACUAAAACUUAGAAUAUCUCAGCCUCUGCCUAAUCAAUUUUGAUCGCCUCUUGCGAGUCUCCACACAUCAUGGUAGUGCAAUACUAAAUCACUGGAGCACCCCUUUAAAAGCCCAUACCACCGGUCUAGCACUGCAGGUCAGUUGGUACACUAAAGGUUCAGAUCACCAGCUGCUACAGGUGCACCACACACUGUCAGAUCAGGUCUAGUCUAGCUCUCAGGUACGAUCAUCAGUGUUAGUAGUUUAAAAUCCUGUUCUGAAAGGUACUGACAUUCCUGAGUCUUUGUAUGUUUCUGGUAACCUUUGUAUUAGCUAGACUUCAACUUUGCUGCACUUUUUUCUUUUAACAAAUUUCUCUAAAUACCUGGACGAGCCAGUGGAGGCAAUCACGGUAGCCUCUUGACUAAACCAGGGUAGCAUUACAGAUGUUGAUUUAUGUCGUGAUUUGUUGAAACACAAUAUAAUGCUUAAAGUUCUAGACUCUGAUUAGUAGUGUAGUUAGCAAUUAAACGGCACAGUAGCAUCCGCUUGGUGUAGCAGUCUUGUGACGAUAGCGUAGAUGCAGUUGUAACAUCUACCGGCUUUGAUUUAUUAAAAAAUGCGUUAAUAUGGAGGAGAAGGUGAAACUCUGAAAAGGCAAUCUACUUUUACUGGUUAAACUUUUUAGGCAUGUUUCACAGAAGAUAAGGGCAUAGGAAGAUGCCGAAGGGGUGUGAUAAAGUUCAUGGAUGUUGGGUAAGAUUGCACAAAGGGUUGCUUAAAUUUGAGGGGUCCAUUUUAUUCUUUUUUAAAGGAGACAAAAGCUUAUAGCUCUAUAUUUACUAUUUAUAUGUAACUGUUGUUUCUACUGUUGCCAGCUUUGCAAACAUUCACAACCUAGCAUGUGCUACAUGCACUUUACUGCUGCAAACACAUUUCUAAUAAUGAUUAAUUUGUUGUUUACAGACAUAUUAAUAUCACACUAAAAGGGACAAGUGCAUGUCGCAGUAGAAUGCAGAAAAACGCAAAGCAAAUAAGCAUUACAUUUAAACUGUUAAGAAGAUAUCAAAAAGGGCAAAGUUAAACAUCAGAAGUUGUGUGUCCGUGAAACACACAAGUCACUUAGAGAAAAACAUCCCUCGAUUUGAUCCUGAUCUUACAAAAGCUUAAAUCAUCUUUUUAGUUUUAUAAUGAAAUGGCGGUCAGCUUGGAAGUAGGAGGAUCUGGAUCCCGUCUCAGGCCAGAACCCCUUGUCCUGGUCUCUUAUUAGCGACAUAUCAGUGUAACGACAAUUUAGAGAUUUAUAUUUAUAUACGUACAACAAAACAAGCAACAGAAAAAGAGGCUGCCUUUGUAAAUGCCUGAAAUAUUUUGUACAUUAAACCAACUCCUUUUUGUUUUUAAUGCAAUAUAAUUCCUCAGUUUGGGGUUUUAUGUUUACUGUCUCAUGUGGUACUGCAGUAUAUUAAUUUAUUAUGUAAAUGUUCGGUUUUGUAACCAUGUUAUUGACUGUAAUGGUGCAAGUAUUUGUGCCCACAUUGCAUUGCAACUCAUUUCAAAUAAAUUAAUAUGUAAAGA